AUGUCAGUGUGCCAUGAAGAUCAAGAUGAAGGUUGCGGGGGUGGGGAGAGGUCAUUGCGAAGGUCAUCCGAGAGCGCGGGCAUCAGUUCGCUGCUCGACAUUCUCCGACAACAUGAAGUUGUAACUCACAAAUCACCCUCAUCUUUUCAGGUGAUCAUUGCUGCCCUGGCCACCGUGGCCCUUGCUGCCCCUCAGUACAGCUAUGAUGCCCCUGCUGGCCGUUCCAGCGCCGAUUCUUCCGAGGAAGUAGCUAUCUUGAGGGACGAGAGAGUCCACGAAGACGACGGCAAAUACAACUUCGACUUCGAAUCCGAAAAUGGCAUCAGGUUCUCCGAGGCUGGAUCUCCUGACGGAGAUGAGGACGCCAUCGUCAGUGCUGGACAAUACUCCUACACUGCUCCUGACGGUACCGAAGUCGUUGUGAAAUACGUCGCCAACGAGAACGGCUUCCAGCCCCAGUCCGACCUUCUGCCAGUAGCCCCCGAAUUCCCCCACCCAAUUCCCCAGUUCGUGCUGGACCAGAUCGCCUUCGCUGCUGAGGAAGACGCCCGCCGUGCCCGUGAUGGCUCUCGAGAGGCUCCUUCCAGGUCCUACGGCGCCCCUCAGUAAUCUCCCUCUUUGGGGAUCUAUGAUCACAAAUUGCUCAUGUAUUUAUUCUAUUUAUACAUCAAAUAGAGUAUUUGUAUAAAA